GAUGUCUUGGUUGACAUUACGUCAGAGCAGUCGGGAUCAUCUGUUCGGGAUAAACUGACAGUUAUCCCGACUGCUGCUUACAUCUGUUCUGGUUCUGAUGGACCGGACUCGGUUCGGGCUCAUCCUGAACGAGCCUGGCAUCUAACGUCGUGGACGUGCGGGUGCACGGGACUGGGACGUGGCGGUCUGUGGGAGCUAGCUGCGCGUGAACCGUCAUAGGCCUUUUUGUUUUGACACAGCCGGGGCCUACCUUGGAACGUCAGCGGCAUAGCUAGCUGUCAGGGUCCGGUCCGGUUCGGAGGAGACAGCGGACUGAGAGACAGACUGGACCCAGAUGUUCAGGAGUGUCCGCUGGAAACGUUGCGCGGUGAGACAGAGCUCCGUUCAGCUGGAAGAUGUGGCUGAAGCUCUUCUUCUUGUUCCUCUACUUCAUCGUGCUGUUUGUGCUGGCCCGGAUCUUUGAGGCGGUGGUCUGGUAUGAGACCGGGAUGUUCGCCACGCAGCUGGUGGAUCCGGUCACUCUGAGCUACAACAAGCUGAAGACCAUCCUGGAGUGCAGAGGACUGGGAUACGCCGGACUGGCCGAGAAGAAGGAUGUUAGCGAGCUGGUGGAGAAAUCCGGAGAGCUGACCCAGGGGGAGCUGUACUCCGCCAUCAAGAAGGAGAAGGAGGCGGGAGACUCCACGCUCUUCAGCGGGGAGAUGCACUUCUAUGAGUUGGUGGAGGACACUAAAGACGGAAUCUGGCUGGUCCAGGUCAUAGCCCAGGACAGAGAGGCUCUGCUCAGUCAGUCCAACUGGGAGAAGAUGGUGCAGAAAGUGUCCCAGUUUGGCAUCAGAACUGGAACCUUCAACUGCUCCAGUGACCACAGGAAUGGAAGAACAGGGGCUGUGAAAGAUCCUGGAGGGCAGGGCAGGGAGGGAGGGCAGGAUUUCCUGUUUCAUGCACAGGGAGCAACAGUGAAACGAUUUGUGGUUCUGAUCCGAACACUUGGAACCUACAACUCCAUCCUGCUGGUGUCCUGGCUUCCUGUUCUGGCUCUGCUCCAGCUGCCAUAUCUAGAGACUCUGUACAGCUGUAGCCUGAAGCUGCUGCGUUAUGCUGACACCACCACUCUGGCCAGUUUGGUGCGAGCUGACUGGACGUUCUACUCGUCCCACCCUGCUCUGUUCCUGUCCACCUACCUGGCCCAUGGCCUGCUGGUGGACUACGUUGAGAAGAAGCGGCGCUGCAGAGUCAGGAACCAAGAGGACAGCACCACCAACUUGGAAUGGUUAGCCAGUCUUUGGGACUGGUACACCUCCUACCUGCUCCACCCCAUCGCCUCCCUGCAGCCGUUCCCUUCCGACCAGUCAGACUGGGAGGACGAUUCCAACGUUUUCUUUGAGCGAUUGGCGUUCCCCGACCUGUGGCUCCGCCCCCUAGUGAACAUGGACUACAUAAAAGCACUACCAACAUGGAGGCUCAGAGAUUUAGGGCAGCAGAGGGAGGGUGAUGAAAAGGACAUGAAGGAUGGAGACAUUCCCGGCAGCUCCAGACUCAUAGAUCCAGUUUCCGGUCAGGACACUGAUGGGAGCAUCCAUGCUGAUCCCGGAUCAGAUAGAAGCUCACCGUCCUCUGAGGAGGGGUCUCCCACACCAGGGGGCGUUCCUCCUCCUCCUGCAUGUGAUUGGUCGGAGUGGCCAGCAGACAUGCUCCUGUGUUCGGAGUGCGUGGUGUGUCUGGAGAACUUUGUGAGCGAGGAGCUGCUGAUGGGCCUGCCCUGCAGCCAUGCCUUCCACCAGCCCUGCAUUGCCGUGUGGCUGGCGGCCGGCAGACACUGCUGCCCCGUCUGCCGCUGGCCCAGCUACAAGAAGAAACGGCAGAGAGGCUGCUGGGAAAGCUUGGACUGAUCACGUCACUUUGAACUCACCCAUGGAGGUCUGGAAGGGUUCUGUUGGUUGUCUAGGUCUCUGUUUCCUGGCCAGUAGUUUGAUUUUAUUCCAGACAGCCAAAUAGGUUCCACCCGGCUCCUUCCAGCUCCACCUGGCUCCUCCCAGCUCCACCCGUCUCCACCCAGCUCCGCCCGGUCCCUGGUUUCAUCAAUAAAACAGAUUUUAUUCAGAAAUGUCUGAUAACUUGGAUCUGUCUGUUACUGAUGGUAUAAGCAGAAGGUUCUGGUAGCUGUUGGUCUAUAGGUGCUGGAUCGGGACCUUUCUGGUUUAAGGUACCAAUCUGACACCUUCAAGAUCCACACAAAGGCCCAUGUAACUGUGUCAGUUUGUGGGGUAAUAACAGACCAGGGCAAGUCCAGAACCCUAAACCAUGUUUAUCACUGUUGGACCUCCAUGUUGGAGAGUUUUAUAAAGACCACCGAUCCUGUUUAUCAAGACAUAAAAAGGUUUCAGCAGAAUUCAAUGGUUCUUCUGAUUCUGUGGAACAUCAUGACCAACUUCCUGAAGUUCAGGAGGUCCUUCUCAUUCCUCCAGAACAGCGCUGAUCAGCAAGAGAAAGGUUGGAAAACAUCAUCUGUAGGUCCUGUUAGUUCUUUGGAGACUUUCUAGACUCUUGAAUCCCAUCAGGUUGGUAUUCUAGAGAUGUUCUGCAGGUUUUCUAGAGAUGUUCUGCAGGUUUUCCAGAGAUGUUCUGCAGGUUUUCCAGAGAUGUUCUGCUGGUUUUCUAGAUGUUCUAGAUGACCUUCCUUUUGUGUUGGGGUCAGCACUGACCCGUUUUAAGCUUUUAAAUGAGUUAAAGAACCACAUAAAUAUGUUUAUUACACCCAGCCUUAUUGGCUUUGUCAGGAAGCUCUAUUUCAUUAAAUUUAAAGCAAAAAAAAGUAUAUUUUCUCUAAGUUGUAAAACACUAGUUGGAAUUAUAAACAUUCGGGUCUGAAACCAUAACCGCCCUGUUAUCCAAUACACUGACAGCUCAUCAUUAGAGCUUCGGAGAAUUCUCUUCUUGCAUUGUUUUGCUGUUUACCUGCACACAAGACGAACAAAGCUGGGCACGGUCACCUUUCAGUCUACACUUGCACAUCUCCAAUGUGCAGUAUGCAAAAAUGAGAAGAACAUACUCAGUGAGCCAGGUUCUGGAUAAUGUUUUUGGUUAAAAUGAGUAACAAAUGCAUGAGAGGCUUUCUGAGGAGGAAGACAACAUGGAGAAGACACGUCUGAGGAGGAGGUCCCUGUUAGUGCAGUUGCCAUCCCGUAAAGAUUACGGUCUGAACACGGUUAGGUCUGCCGGAGGUAGGGACCUCAUGACGCAGGUCAGCUGCUGCAGAUGUUGUGCGUUACAAGUCCGUGGCAUCAGACCUGUUCCAGCUUUUAGUCCAGUCUCAGUAGAAGAGGCAUGUUGGGAAAAACUGUGUGUGGCCUUUUUCUUGAAGCAAAUGUUUAUGGGUCAAACUGACCUAUAACAUCCGAGAUGUCACUAUAGUUGAUGAUAUUAAACAUAAAAAUGAAAUUUAUUUAAUGGAAUGUGUUCUAAUACAGCUCAGUAACAGCCGGGUAACACCUUUUAUUUAUUUAUAUAAUUCUCUUGAGGUUUAUUUUACAUCUUUUUUAUUGAAACCAUGGGCAGUCUGACCAAAACAUGUCCCGGAGGCCCACCCCAAAAACAUUCAAAUCCAUACUUUUGUCAAUUAGGAAGCCUAACAAGGUAACCAAGAGAUGAGAAAGAAAUUGGAUGAUAAUUGUUUUUGUGUAUUUUGUGAUUUAGGGACACAGGAAAAACCGAGUCGCUAAGAUAAGAGAUGUUAGCAGUAUAAACGUCACCAUGGUGAUGGACAGGUGGUCAUGAUGUUCCAGCUGAUCAGUUUAUUGAUAAAGGAGUAAAACCAGUUGGAGUUACACUGACCUGUUUUCACACUAAGAGAAGGUGACAUGUUAAAGAUGAGCCGGCAUCUCUACCAGACCUACAGUUCUAUUUCUGCUCCUCGGUUUGGUUUCCAGUCUGAAGAAGUGGAAUCAAGUCAGCUCAGCAGACGGACCAGAAGAUGAAGCUGGUGGUAGUUUCUGGUGCUGAGUGUUCAGCUUCAGCUGCUGGCUGCUGACCCUAACCCUGACCUGGCCGAACAUUAACGUCUCUCAGUCAUACUGGACAUGAUUUUUUAUUUUUCUUUUCUCCUGCUGUGGUUUAUUCCUGGUCCAGGUGCAGAUGCCUUAUUGAACACUAAGACAGAAACCAGAGGAUUUGUUUUUGAAUCCCAGCUGGGCUAACCCAGUAGCCAGUUAUAAACAGUAAAAGUAGCAAAGAAGAUUACUAAAAGUAUAAUUAUGUAAGAGGGAGAUUCUAGGUCUGAAAAUAAAACUGCAACCAUCAAAAUAAAAAUAAAUAAAUCA